AGCCAAGCCAAUGAGGUACUUACAUAUUUGCAACGCCCAAAAUUAAGACCUAACAUACAUACGAAGUCCCUGUGGUUGAGUAAAGAAUCAUUAUUCUAACCUCACUGCAAAUCCACACAAACGCACGAAUGGAGCCUUCUUCCACCACUCCUCUCCUCCACCAAAACAGGUGGUGGCGCCGCCGCAUCCGUCUCAAAACAGCCCUUUCCUCCGAACUUUCCGGCGCAGUGGGUGACCUAGGCACCUUUAUCCCAAUAGUCCUAACUCUCACUUUGGUUUCUCACUUAGACCUUUCCACAACACUAAUCUUCACUUCCCUUUACAACAUUUCCACCGGACUUCUCUUCGGCCUUCCCAUGCCGGUCCAGCCGAUGAAAUCCAUCGCGGCCGUCGCCGUUUCCGAGCUCCCCCAUCUCACCGCAGCACAAAUCGCCACUGCUGGCGCUACCACUGCAGCCACUCUUCUUAUCCUCGGCGCCACCGGUCUUAUGUCCUUCUUUUACAAUUUUAUCCCUCUCCCUGUUGUUCGUGGGGUCCAGUUAUCUCAAGGCCUUUCCUUCGCCUUUUCCGCCAUCAAAUACAUUCGCUAUAAUCAAGAUUUUGUCAUUUCCAAAUCCACUUCUCCUCGCUCUUGGCUUGGCCUUGAUGGGUUAAUUCUUGCACUUUCUGCCUUAAUUUUUCUAGUUCUGACCACUGGCUCUGGCGGAGAUAAUCACACAAGCCAAGAUGGUAAUAACGAGGCGUUGACUCAGUCCCGGCGACGAGUCAGUAAAAGAUUGAAACUUCUAUCAGUAAUUCCUUCUGCUCUAAUAGUAUUCUUAUUAGGAUUGGCGUUAUGUUUCAUUCGUGAUCCUUCAGUUAUUAAAAAUCUUCAAUUUGGUCCAUCAAGAAUUCAAAUUCUGAAAAUUACAUGGGAAGAUUGGAAAAUUGGGUUUUUGAGGGGAGCAAUUCCACAAAUUCCAUUAUCAAUUUUGAAUUCUGUGAUUGCUGUGUGUAAAUUGUCAACUGAUUUGUUUCCAGAUCAGGAAUUGUCAGCUACAAAGGUUUCUGUUAGUGUUGGGAUUAUGAACUUGGUGGGUUGUUGGUUUGGAGCUAUGCCAGUUUGCCAUGGAGCAGGUGGAUUAGCAGGGCAGUACAGGUUUGGUGCAAGAAGUGGUGCAUCAGUGAUAUUUUUGGGUAUAGGGAAAUUAGUAAUUGGAUUGGUUUUUGGAAAUUCAUUUGUAAGGAUUUUGGAUCAAUUUCCAAUUGGGAUUCUUGGAGUCCUAUUGCUGUUUGCAGGAAUCGAAUUGGCUAUGGCAUCUAGGGAUAUGGGUACGAAAGAAGAGUCAUUUGUUAUGUUGGUUUGUGCUGCUGUUUCUUUAACUGGGUCCAGUGCUGCGCUGGGUUUUGGUUCUGGGAUUUUCCUUUAUCUGUUGCUGAAAUUGAGAAGCAUGGAAAUUUCUUGUUUUGGAUUUUCUAGAUGCAGCUCUAAUAAAUCUUGUCCUGAAGGGGAAUCUACUCUAGUUACUUGAAGUUUGGAUUAACCCGAACACUGUGGAAAGUAGACCCGCGAAGCAGCCGCUGUUGAUGUAUAAUGAUUAGUGCACGAGACUUUGGCAAUUGGGCCUCUGUGGGGUUUGGUUAUUGUUCAUGUUUCGGGCCAUCGUACAAGUUACUUGGGCCUAUUAGCUAUGAUGUAUGGAUCAACACGAGCACUGGAUAAAAUGCUGGUUCAAUAUGAUUAUAAAAAUAUGCAGAUAUGAUUAUUAUAA